GUUUCUGGUGGGUGUGAAAGCUACUGAGGGUGCCCGCCGCGAAACCUCCGCCAGUCAGUUCUGCCCUCCCAAAAACCCCCCCGUAAACGGCGCAGACGAGUACCUACGAAAACGACGAGGCCGCCGCCGCCGCCCACACACAAGCUUGCCCAGCAUGACUUCCACGAUCGGCAUUCCGAUCAAGCUCCUAAAUGAGGCCCAGGGCCACAUCAUCACGCUCGAGAUCACGACGGGCCAGACAUACCGCGGCAAGUUGAUAGAAGCCGAGGACAACAUGAACAUCCAGCUCCGCGACAUCACGGUCACGGCCCGCGACGGCCGCGUCAGCCACCUGGACCAGGUCUACAUCCGCGGCAGCCACGUGCGAUUCUUCAUCGUGCCUGACAUGCUGCGCAACGCCCCCAUGUUCCGGAGCCGCAACGUUAGGGGCCGCGGCGUCGGACUCGCCCGCGGCCGAGCCACCGUCAACAGGGCCCGAGGGGGAGGCGGCGGCGGCGGGGGUGGUGGUGGUGGUGGUGGCGGCGGUGGGAGGGGAGGCAGGGGCUAAGAAGCGAAAGAUUCUUUGUUUGGUUCUGGAACGAAAGUGAGGACAGGCAAAGGGAGGGGGCGGGCUAGAGACCGUUUCCCGCCUGGCCGAUCAAGAAAGCAGCCCCGCCGCUACGGCUAUGACGGAGAGGCGAAAAGGGGACACGUCACUUUAUGCCAGUUUCUCUGUUUCUGCGACAAAAACAUAGACGAUCCCCCCCAAUGGCGUUUCUGGUUUGCGCGGAACGAAGUAGAGCUGGGGCGAUAUGCCUGAUACCCUCAACCUAGAUCUCAUUUUGGAGGCGAAGCAACCUGAUGCAAGAAGGACUGAAACCCGAAUCGCCAUGCCGUAAGAUACACCGCUUUGCUUUUUUUUCUUUCUAUAGUACAGGUUGCC